AUGACGGAUGCAUCAGCAGCAGCAUUUGCCAGUGCUUUCCUCUCAUCAUGGGUUUCCAGAUUUGGCAUACCCAAUGACACCACCUCUGCCACAAAAACUACUUUCACACUGCAGCUCUGGAAGUCCUUCAACCAUCUCCUCAUCACCCAGUUGCAUCACACAACUGCCUAUCAUCCUGAAUCCAAUGACAUGAUCGAGAGGUUCAAUUGCACCUUGUCUCGCUACAGCUCCUCAACCUGGUACUUGCAGCAUUCAUGGGUCCUCCACAGCCUUUGGACUACGCCUAAAGAGGGCCUCAACCUGUCAGCAACUGAGAUGGUGUAUGGCAAUCUGCUCGUGAUGACUGGUGAAUUCUUCCCCGAUAAUAAAACCUCACCUGAUAUCAUCAGACGCUGGACCAUUGUCAGAAAAUUCACCCCUUGUUGCCCAUCCUACAAGCCAAACGAGAAAGCCUUAAUCCCAAAGGACCUACACAAGGCAGCACAAAUAUUCAUCAGAAACGAUGCUGUUCGUCCGCCUUUAACCCAGCCUUACAUGGGCCUCUACCAGGUCAUCAAUCACAAGCAGAAAGCCCUCCUCAUCAACAUCCGCGGAACGAUAGAUUGGGUUGCAAUCGACUGCAUGCAACCAACAUAUUUGUCCAACCACAUUACUCCUCCACUCCAGUUUUCAAGAAUGGGACGCACUCUAAAGGCAUUCCAGGUCAUCGACCGGUUGAGAAGUCGUACUAGAGUGCCACAGCCACCAGCAGCAUGCAGAAAGGACGGCAGGGCAGGGCUACUACAAGAACUGAACAAGGAGGACAGCAAAGGACACAAGAACUUUCUACGCAUCUACCCUGAAUUGUUUGAGGAGAUGGUCGAAAGGCUGACGCCCCUGUUGAAGAAGAAGGACACGAAGAUGUAG